ACAAACGUCAAAAGAAAAUUGUGUGUGUCUGGUGCCUGCUUUCGAAGAAAAAAAAACUUAACUCAAUUUUGUAACUUCAUAUUUUUUGUACGGAAGCAGAAAAGUUUUCUAUUUUUUGAAAAUUUUCACAUUCUUUAUAAAUGAAGUGCAACAAACCUAAGCGGGCAUAGGAAAGAAUAUUCAUACAAGAACAAAUACAAGUAUGGGAAAGGCAUGAGAUUUGCAAGUUGAAAAACUGGAAAGAUGAAUUAAAAAGGGGGGAAAUUGGAGUCUAUUUUCACUGCAUGUCCUCGUCGUCAGGUAGUGCAAGAAGAUUUCGUAACCAUAUCCUCUCUUGGCAAUAUUCUUUUGCUAAACCCACAGUUUCCAUGCGUAUUCUAUUUAGGACCGAAAUGAUAUAAGUGGGUUUAUAAUAGAAAAAAUAAGCCAACACACCUUAUAUCUCGCACUUAAAUUACAAUAAGAUCAACCAGCCAAAACAAAUAGCAACAAAAUAUUUAUAUAUCCCAAAAAUAUAUUUGAAACUUAAUUGGUAAUAUCGGCCUACCUGAACUCCUUCAGAGCUUGAUUUCCGAAACUUGGCAGCAAUGCACAUAAAAAAUUUGCAACAUGCCCAUGCGGCUUCAGCCGCUAUGGGAAAUUGUGAGAUUGUCAUUGUGUCAUCAUCGCCGAACAAUGCUGCAGCGGGUGCUAACAAUAAUAACAACAAUACUAAUAGCAACAAUAAUAAUGAGAACAAUACCGUAGCACACCAUCAGCAGCAACAGCAAUCCCAACAACAACAACAGCAGCAGCAGCACCAGGCCACAACUACAACAGAAAUACCGAUUCCGUUCAAUAUGCAUCUAGCUGCUGCCAAUACCGAAGCGCACGUCGCUGCUCAAGCGGCUGCUAUGGCGGCGGCACAAGCAGCCGCUGCUCAGGCUGCCGCCGCUGAGCAACAACAAGCAUCGGGUGGCACUAACGGUGCAAAUGCCACAACAAUUUUGCAGCAACAUCCCUUAGCGCAUCUGGUAGCGACAGCAGCACAUAGUCCAGCGUUGUCAGAGCAUCACUUCGCUGCCGGUCGGGAAGUGGUUGCAAACGGUCACAGUGCGGGCAGCAGUACGAACGGUGGCGGAGGUGGUGGUGCCAACAGCAGCGGCAGUAGCGGUGGCGGUGGUGGCCAUGAAAAACCCUUUCUCUGCAGCGUCUGCGAUCGGCGGUUUCGACAAUUAAGCACACUUACCAACCACGUGAAAAUACAUACCGGCGAGAAACCCUACAAAUGUAACGUUUGUGAUAAAACCUUUCGUCAAUCGUCCACGCUAACGAAUCACCUAAAAAUACACACAGGCGAAAAACCAUUUAAUUGCACAUAUUGUCCGAAGAAUUUCCGGCAAUUGAGCACUCUAACAAAUCAUGUGAAAAUCCAUACAGGUGAGAAACCGUUCGAAUGUGCCGUUUGUAAGAAACAAUUCCGUCAAUCUAGUACACUUAACAACCAUAUAAAGAUACAUGUUAUGGACAAGGUGUACGUACCCGUUAAGAUAAAGACCGAGGAGGAAGAAGGAUGACUAGAGGACAUGGUGAUCGCUGGCGCACAUCAGCGGCCCGCGAAUCAUCAUCGCAAUGUGAUCACAACCACAAUACAAGCACCAGUAACAACAGCAGCAGCAGUGGCGGCCGCCGCCUCUGCCGCCAAUCAUCAUAUACAUCAACAACAACAACAGCAGCAGCAACAACAGCAACAGCACCAGCAACUACAACAUAACCACACAAACAACAAUCCGAACAAUGGUAAUACGAUCAUCGCCACCGCCGCUGCUCCGUCCAAUGCAAUCGAACAUUUCAACGUAACAUCAAUUGGCGAAUUGUCCAACGUGCAAUUGAGCAGUAUCAAUGCACAGCUAGUGGGUGGCAGUGUCACACCCGAAGGUAAUCUGGUGACAAUGGGUGGCGUGGUCAUCGGCCGUAUACAUUCGGCGGCUUUGCAAAGCAACGGACACACACUGCAACCGCAAUUGCGUACAACAGCACAACCGGCCACCAGAGAGGAACUGCAACAGUUGGGCGUGAUCAAAGUGGAGUCGCCAGCUGCUGACUUUCAAAAUGAGGGAUGAGUCGAGUACGAAUUGCUGCUUGAGUAUAUGCUCAAGGAGGACGAGGAGGAUUAUGCAGCCGCUUGCAAUGAUAAUAAAUUGAAUGCCAGCAGCGCUAGUGAUGCUAUUAAGGAUGUUGGUGGUGGUGGCCACCGUACGAACGAUGUUGUAGUGUGUGGUGAUGCAGUUGGCAGUAGUGAAAGUGCUGGUAAUUGAGAUCGCUUACAAGUGCGUGUGGCAUUCGCUAAGCGUAAUUAAAGCAAGCAUAUUGAAUUCGCGGUCGUAGUUAUUGUUGCUAUUGUUGCUAGUUAUUUAAAUGCAGAUAUCGAAAGUGAAGAAGAAAAGCAUAAUUAAAAUCACCAAUCAUCAUUAGUUUAUUACAAAAACUGCUGUUGUUGUCAACCUAUAAUCAUCAACGCCAUCAAAUUUGAAAAUGUAAUAAAGUGACAUUCUCUUAAACCCUAAAAGUAAAAAAAAACUGCAAACCUUUAACAAAAUCAUGACACUUGCUCAUACACACAUACAUACAUACAGUGUUGCAAUUGAUAUGGGAUUGUGUAUGCUUUUCGAAACUCAAAAAAAAACUCAAACUCUAAUUCAAAUUCACACAAUUAAUGCAAAUAAUAAUAUUGAACACAACCGUUUGAAAUAAAUAAGGAAAAUUAUGAAAAUCAAAGAAAAAACAAACCUCUAUAGCCGUUAAGACAGAAAGUAGUAGCAACAAACAUGAUAAAAAUAUCUAAAAAACAAGAGAAUUAACAAAAGCGAGUAAAACUAAAAUUAAUUUAAAUAAUUAUAGGGGAAAUAUACUAUUUUAUGGGGGUUAGUUAAAACAAAAACAAAAAAAAUUAAAGCACAAAUUGCUGCAAAAUAUAUUUUACCGUAUACAUUUUGAGUAGUAUUCGUUAUGAAAUUGGUUAUAAAUUCUGUUAGUUAUUAGUUGUGUAACGGCACUAAGCGCGAAACAUGCUUUUCGGUUACUUUAAAAUCAUGUUUUAGUACUAAAGCCACGUGUCUGGCGUGUGUGUGUGGUGUGUCUGCCUGUCUGUAUGCGACAUAGUUUAGCUGCGUUUAAUUUCCUAAUUAACUAAGCACUUAUUGCGUUCCACACACUCCUACAUACAUACAUAUGUUUAUAUGUUUAAUUCUAAUAUAAAUAGUUAAUGAAAAAAUCACAUUAAGUGGAAAUUAUGACAAUAAGCUCAUAAAGUAAUUACACGCAUAAUUGUUGUUGGACAGCACCUGCUUACACAAUACACCGUGCAGAAUUUAUAGCGAAAAUCAUAGCUUAUAUAGUGGCACUAACUCGAAAACAUAUAUGGUGGAGUAAUACAUAUAAUUUAAAUUCGUUAUAAUGACCUAUUUUGUAUUUUAGUUUAAUAUUAAUAAUUCACAGCAAAUGAGACUUGUUUGUACUUGAAGCUUAACACAACUAUUUUUAGGUUAUAACACUUAAACGAAAUCGAAGUGGCGGCGCAGCAGCAAACAGUGCUGUAAAUGAUGAACUCGCUUUAUGUUUAUUAUAAUUUUUUACUUUUAUUUUAUUUUUCUAUUUUUUUUUAUUUUUUUGGCUAAAAACAAACUAAAUUUGUGCUGAACACUUGUUUGAAUUGUAUGAAACAAAACCUUAAAAUAAGGUCAAAUUUUAAUUUAUUACUAAGUUUAGACUGUAAAGUUUAUUGAAUUUUUUUGUAGUUAUAAAGUUAACAUGUUUUCCACUACUUUUGUUGGUUAAUUGAAAUUAUUAUAAAUUAUUUCAUAUAUACAUGUUUAAAAUGGCGUUUAGAGGCGCAGUGGAAACGUAAAUGCUAUUAUAUAAAUAUCAUCGAUGUUUUAUUUGAAAAUAAGCGAAAUGUAAAUGAAACUAAAAAAAGGAAAAAGAGUAAUACAAAUUUCUAUAUAUUUUAUAUAAAUUUUAAUUUCCCAAACAAAAACAAAUUGCCAUUAGGGAUUACAUGCUAAAGUCAAGUAAAAAGGUGAAGCGUGGCUGGCAGGCAGGCAGUCGCUUAAUGCCGUUGUUAAUAUCUUAUGUGGAGAAUAAAGUUGAAAAUGAGUUUAUGAAAAUGAUUGCGAAUUUCUAAGAAAUUGUUUAUAUAUAUUGAUUAUAAGUAGGCAUUAUUUAUGUGCAUAAAUGUAAGAAAAUCUGCAAAAAAAGGAACAAGAUUAGUUUACGCCGCCUACAAUACUACUUAUAUUCGGUCUCCUGGAGCAAAAGCUUAAGUUUUCGUUAGCAAAAAAGUUGUUGGAUUUUCAUUAAAGCAUUAAAAAAAAGAAUUUACAAUUACAAAAAUCACUUUCAUUCAAAAUGAGUGCGCAAAAAUUGCUUAUAUUUAACAACAACACACCUUUCGGUCUGUAAAUUAUACGAUUUAUUUUAUAGCGCUGGUUUAACGUAUGACACAUAGUGUUAUGAACUUUUAAAAAGUUGCCGCGCAUGUGUCACAGCUGAACGUUUUGCAUUGUAGAUAUGUUGUGUAUGUGAGUGGCAGUGGCGUCAAGCGCUUGGCAAUUGCAACAAGUCAUUUAUAGCGAGUGAGUGUGCAUUGCUUGAAAAAAAGAAAGGAAAAAACAGCAAAAAAUAAAACUAAAAUAAAACGGAAUUCAAAGCAGCUUACAUAGUUAGUAUUAGUUUGAAAACUAAAGCGUAUCAUAAUUAUAUAUGCAAGUAUGUGUGUAUAUGUAAAUUGAAAAUAUUUUUAUGAAUUUCCAUGUAUUACAUGCAUAUGCUAGUAUAAAUGAAAGUCUGUAAAAAAGCUAAAACACACACACAUGAAAACCAAUAACCAAUCAAUUAAGAAAGAAAGUGAAACAAAAAAACAAAAACCAAGACAAAAAACAGCAAAAAAAAGAAAAGAAAAAAGCUAUAACGGUAGUUAUAAAUUUUGUUGUACUGUGUAUUGUAAGUUAAGCGUGAAGAGAGAAGCAACUUCUAUGGCAUUGCUGCCCGCAUACUGCAUACUUAUAUGUAACACACACACAUAGAAGAGGAAAGACUCGUAAUUUCGUUUAGGCGUACUCGAAAAUUACGUUUAGUUGUCAGCUCUUUUGACUUUGUGAUCGUCAAAGGAAUUGACCAAACUGAAACUGAUAACAAUACCUAAUAAUAAUAACUUAUUAUAACAAAUAUUAUUUAAUGUUGGGCGUAGAGUUGCACUAACUAGCACUGCGUUGCCCAAAAUGUUUUCCUUUAAUUUUGUAUAAAUAAAAUAUAAACAAAUAUAAAUAAAAAAUACAACUAAACAAAAAAAAAAACAAACAAACAUAAAAGUUACUUUAGACAAUUGCUUGUAAACAUAAUUACACAUACGUUUUAAGUGCGAAGACAUGUAUUUAUGUAUAUGUUAAUAUUAUAAUUUUUGAUUGUAAACAAAAAGAUACUUUUGAGACUUCAUAUAUAAAAAGCUUACAUGCGAAGAUUGCACACUU